AUGGCGGGACAGGAGGAUCCCGUGCAGCGGGAAAUUCACCAGGACUGGGCGAACCGGGAGUACAUUGAAAUCAUCACCAGCAGCAUCAAGAAGAUCGCGGACUUUCUCAACUCGUUCGAUAUGUCUUGUCGCUCAAGACUCGCAACACUGAAUGAGAAAUUGACAGCCCUUGAACGGAGGAUAGAGUACAUAGAAGCAAGGGUGACAAAAGGUGAGACCCUCACCUAG